UAAAGCAUAUAACGAUGCAAUUUAUUGCAUCUCGUUUAGAAAUUAUUUUGGGAUAUAAUCGUUGCUCGUUAACGCUGACGAUGUCCUUAUCUUUCUUAAUACGAAUCAAGUACAAUUGUAUGCAGUUGCACACAUACGUACAAUCCACACAGCAUACGUAUGUAUUUGACAACGGUGGCGCGAGAAAAGAGAUAGUUUAAUGUCAGUGAUAGAAAUAAAUCGUAAUCGAGUUAAGAGGCUCAACGAUGCGACAGAUUCGAUACAUUAUAAAUUAUCGAUUAGGAGAGUAACGAGAUGAAUUAAGAGAAUAUGAUUUAGCGAUUGAUUCGAUGCGCGCCUCGAUGCAAUCUGAUUGCAUAUGGUGGCGAAUGGUGGCGAAUGGUGGCGGAUGGUGGUGGCGGCGGGUGAACGCGAGGGACGCACGGUGUUGCGGUGUGUUUUGAUAAAGAAAUCUUUCGAAUUUUGCUAUUGUGUAAAACGAUAGAGUAGGAAGAUCGCGAGAUAUCGCGUAUCUCCGUGCGCUGUCGUGCGCUGGUGUGCGCUCUAUCGCGCAUCGUGAUCCAUCGGUUCUCGCUAAGGAUCGCUUUAUCAUGAUAUAAAAGGAGAAAAUGGCACCUGCAAAGAAGACAGAUUUGGAUAAAUUAGCAUGGUCUUGGAUUGAAGCUGUUAUACCCGAAGAAAUAGAGAGGAUACAUUUAGAAACUGCUUAUAGACUAGGUCUCAAAGGUUGCAAAAGUUGCAAACGAAACUGUACAAAUAAUCCACAAUGCCUCACCGGAUUAGGAGAAGAAAAAUAUAUCAAGUCUCAACCCACAGAGAUCGUUUCCUUGGAAAGUUCUUUGUCUGAGCUUCGUGACCCUACUCAAUAUGUCGGCCUGAAAAAUCUAGGAGCAACGUGUUACGUCAACAGUUUAAUUCAAAUGUGGUUCCACAACGAGGACAUGAGGCGGAUAAUAUACAAGUGGAAUAUAACGGAAGAUCCGGAGGAGAGGGAGGCUUUGUAUCAAGCGAAGAAGGCAGGACUCUCUUAUCAUCCGGUAACUGCGGUUGGUCAGUUGCAAUACAUAUUUGCCAUGAUGCAAUUCGGAAACAGACGUCUACUCGAUCCAAUGAAUCUUGCCAUCGCCCUGUCUUUGGAUACUAGAACGCAACAGGACGCGCAGGAGUUCUCGAAGCUGUUGUUGUGCCAUAUUGAAGGAAAGCUACAGCAAAACUCAGAGUUGCAGCGGAUGUUGCGGAGGCUGUCACAGGGAAAAUACAGCUAUAUCAAUUGUUGCUCCACCUGCGGUACCGAGUAUCCAACAUCGACCACUUUCUACGAAUUGGACUUGCAGCUCGCAGCUACUUUGAAGGAAGCUAUAGAAAAAUAUUUGACUGAAGAACAAUUGAAUGGAGCUAAUCAAUACCAUUGUGUUACCUGUAACGACAAAAAGGAUGCUAGACGGUUCAUACGCUUGGAAUCGCUACCAGAAACUUUGAACAUUCAAUUGAUGCGCUUCGUUUUUCAUAGGGAUUCUGGUCAAAAAAGAAAAUUGAACUCUUUCAUCCACUUUCCGGAAGACUUGGAUAUGUCCGAAUACGUUAGAUGUCCUCCUCAGACUCAUAUGUACAGUCUCGUUGCAGUUUUGAGUCAUAAAGGACCUUCGGCUCAUUCGGGUCAUUACAUUGCGAAUAUAUGUAAUUCGGCUGGAGAGUGGUAUCAAUUUAGUGACGAUAAAGUUGAGAAAAUGCAGAAUAAGAGAAUCGAGGAUAGCGGCAAUGAAUCAACAAAAAAUAUGAAACGUGGUCGUGUACCGAAAGGAUUUCUUUCAUCCAACACAGCGUAUAUGUUGGUCUAUAAGAAAUUAACUAUUGAACAAAAACUAGGUAACGGAAAAAAAUUGAAAACAAAGAAGACUGAUUCAGAGUGCAAUAGUUGCAGUGAUUCCGUUAGUUUGGAAAGACUCACUGUAAAGGAUAGAUCUGAUUCGUCGGACGAAGGAAAACGUAAGAAUGGAACUGAUGAUUUCAAGGAUAUUGAAAGUCCUGGAAAAAUGAUGAAAAUAGAAGCUGAUUGUAAAAUGGAAGUGGACGGUGUUGUAACAGGGAAAAAUUACAACUCCGAUGCCGUCAAGGACGAUAAAAGUUCGACAGAACAGCCGAAGAAAAUUGUCACAAAAAAUACAAAACUCGAUUAUAAAUUGUUAAACGGUGCUGCCCACAGAGCAAUGAGCUGUGGAGAACGUGAUUUCUACGAAGAGAUUGAAUUUGAAAAUUGGCAAGUGAGCAAUACGAUGAGAGAACUUGUUCGUCAAGAAAAUGUUAAACACGAGUUAAGUUUAUUGGCUAUUCAGCAAGAAAAACAAAAAGAGAUAGAAGAUCAGAACUUUAAGAGGCAACUCGUAAUAGAUGUGUACGAUAUCAUUGGAAAUACAAUGUCCUGCAUAGAAUAUCAAUGGAUACCAAUCGAUUGGUUAUCAAAAUGGUUAAAUGGACAAUCGUUGACCGAUGGUGUUCCACCGAUAGACAAUUCGGUUCUGAUGUGUCCUCAUUAUCGGUUAGAUCCAUUAAAAGUCAACCGUGCUAAAUGUUUGCCCACCUCAGCAGCUAGUCUACUGUAUGACAAGUAUCGUGGAGGGCCACGUUUGGAUCAGAAUACUCUGUGCGAAGUUUGUGUAAGAAGACGUUGUAAAAUGCUUAGAUUCAAAAUGGUUUUGGAACGUGAUCACAAGGAAGUUAAUGAUAUAAUACGUAAUUUUAAAGAAUCAAGCGAAACGAGUUACAUAGUCGGCGCAGAUUCUUUGAGAUCUUGGAGGAGACUAGCUAUGGAAAAAUUUACCGAAGACAUGGAACAGGAAAUAGAACGAGAGGAUCGUGAAAAUUCUCGAUUAACAGAAGAGAAGAAUAAAAAUGGCGAUAAAGAUAACGAUGAUUGUACGAAGGAAGUCGAAGAGUGCGAGGAGAACGAAGUUGUUUUAAACUUUAACGAAGAUUUACUUUGUGAACAUAAUCUAUUGAAAACACCGGACUCCAGUAGGAAAAUAGUACCUCGCGAAGUUUGGUCGAUAUUAAAGAAAUAUUUUCCAAAUUCUAAAGAGUAUCCAUUUGGUACGUCGUCAUGCUCGAUUUGCGAGGAGAAAAUGGAAAAUGCACAGAAGGCAAAGAAGGAUGACAAGAUUAAAGCUAAGCAACAAAAGGACGAGCUUAUCGAUUUGUAUUAUGCAAGAAAUAGAAAUGAAAUUUCUAAGUGCGAAGAUGCCGAGAAAGUAUUUUAUAUCGUCGAGAAAGGAUUCUUGGAUAGUUGGCGUUCUUUUAUUCGAUACGCUGAAAGUUACUCGAGGACACCGCCAUCGUCUAUCCAAAAUGCCGUUCUAUUGUGCGAGCCGCAUAAAGGACUAUUGUAUCGGGCUUCCAUCAAUAACGAACUAUACAGUGUGGUUACUGCCGAGGAAUGGUCGAAAUUAACUCAGUUCUACGAAGCCGAUCAUGUUAUUACGAUCCAAAAGAUCGGUUCGGAUUUUAAGACUCAGCCAGACUCUUGCGCAUCUUGCAUGUUGGCGAGGGUGGAACAGGAAAGAUUGGAGAGUCUCAAGUACGACAAGGCUGUUAUAUAUAUAAAAUGUGUCGACGACAGCGACGAUUCCAAGGCGGAGCUGACAACAGAGGUAGCCGCCAAGAGACCAAAGAUGGACAGUUCGAGACCAUCGAGGACAAGAAGAAAAGUUAAAGGAUCUCACGAAUUGAAAGUGUCGUCUGAGAUAACGUUGAAGGAACUCAAAGUUAUGACGAUGCAAAUUUGCGGCGCUGGACCGUACGAUCAGCAUCUGAUGUUGGGUGAACACGAGCUUACCGAUCACAGUCAAAGUUUGGCAGCUCUUGGGAUAUUUCCAGGAGCACUAUUGACUUUAAAGAUUGACGCACCAGUAGAAACUGAGCCUAGCGUUGAGUCUGAUGCGACCAGUAUGGAGAUUACGUCACCGGAGAAGGGUUUCAAGGGAACCGAGUUGGUGCCAAGCUGAUCUGCGAGACCCGAUUUUUGGUAGUAGCCAAAUGCGUUCGACCGAAUGGUGUAAUAAGCGGAUAGCCGAUAACGGCAUAAAAUAUUUUUGUACACGAGCUCAUAACAUUAUGUAUAUACAUAUAUAUAUGUAUGUGCGAAAAAAAGAUAUAUAUAUAUAUAUACAUAUAUAUAUACGCGUACAUGUAUUUAUGUAUAUAUGUAUAACUAUAUACAUAUAUAUAUGUAUAUAAAUAUAUAGAAAUAUAUAUAGAAAUAUUAUAAUUAUAUCGUACUGUAUCGCAUCAUUCGAUCGGAUAAAAGAAGAGACGCGUUUAAAUAAUCAGUUUUCAGACGAUAAUUUAUAUACAUAUAUAUACACACAUAUAUAUACACGCGUGUGCAUAUGUGUAUAUAUAUAUAUAUAUAUAUUUAGUAGCGAAAAUCGUUUGAAACGAUAGAAACGUGUCUUUCAUAGUUAAAUUUAUUCUUCUCUUUCUCACCGCACGAUACACUUGUUUGUUUAGAUUUUUACGAGAUGUACGCGUUCAAGAAAGAAAGAUAGAAACAGAAAGAGAGAUAGAGAGAGAGAGAAAGAGAGAGAGAGAGAGAGAGAGAGAGAGAAAAAUAGAAAUGAAAAAUAUGAGACAAUUCGAAUGAACCGAAAAAUAUCGUCUUUCAUCUUUUUCUUAUCGAAAUCAUUUUUCAUAACAAAUUGAUUCACGAAAAUUGCACAAAUCGAAAGCUAUGUGAUCUUAUAUUAUUCCUUAUAUACAUAUAUCUAGAUAUAUCCUUACGAAAGGAAGGAAAAAUGAUAACGAAUAUAGUCCAAUGAUUUUUAUUCAUCUCGUGCGACCAUACGGUGCUAUAUAUAUAUAUAUUACCGAGGAUGGUAUCCCCCUCCCUUCUUAUCAUAAUAGUUUGUUUUGAAAGAUCUUAAUCAUUAAGAAGAAUUUUCGAUUAUCGUCGUACACAUGCAUACACACAACAGACACACACAUACACACAUUUAUAUAUAUAUACACACACACAUAUCCAUGCGUACGCUCUACACUUUCGCACCACACUCGCAUACAUACUCACAUCGACAUUUAUAUAGUUUAAUUUAGCAUCUUGUUCUCUUCUUUUUAGAUCAUAGAUUAUGAUGCGUUAGAAUAACGUUAAUUGUCUCUCGUUGCUCGCUCUUCGACGCUAACGUCGAAUCAAUGGAUAGUGAAUAUUAUGUGUUGGUGGAUUUAUAUAAGGAAAAAAAAAAUAACACUAUUCCUACACACGUGACACGUAAUUGAGAAGGAAAAGAAAAACGAUGAUACUUUUUUAAUCAUUUCGUCGACAUUCGUCCGUAAUCACCCUCAACCCUCCCUUUCACCCCUCCACCACGCCCAUGCGCGCCCAUUUCUAUCGCACCGCAUCCGUUUGUAGCUAAGCGCUCUGUGAUUUCUCUAUCGUGAAAAUUUGUAAUAAAGCACUGUAGAUUCCAUUUGAAAGGCAUGAGUCAACAAAAUACUUUAUCCAUGUAGUAUUAAUAAUGAGACAAAAAAUUGAGUUUGUUUUUUUCAUUUUUCUUGUUUCUUUUCUUUUCUUUUCUUUUCCAUCAGAUCGUUCACCCUUCUUCGCUCGACGAUUUUUAAUUUUCAAAAAAUCUAUACUUCUAAAAGGGAUUUGGAAUUUUUACCUUUUUUCUGUUUGUUUUCUCGUUGUUAUCGUUUCCGUUUCUUCUUUCUUCUACAGUUUUAAAUCGCUCGCUCGUUCGUUCAUUCCUUCUAUCCUCGUGUAUUCUACAUCGAAAGAAGAUCUUCGAUGGGAAAGCAAAAAGAAAAGAAAACAAAAGAAAAGAAAAGGAAAAAUAAAUAAAGCAUGUCUUUUGUUAUUAAAAGUUUCCUCGAUAUAAGGGACUAACUGCGAUCGUGACUAUGACGACAACAGAAAUCUCGACUUAUGGUUGCUCGAUAUACCGACGGAAUAGGAAAAUACUCGCACGUUAAUUAGUUGAAGCUUAAUGGCGAGUCUGAAAGAGAAGAAGGAGUAGCGAAGGAUCAGAGAAAGAGAGAGAGAGAGAGGGAGAGAGGGAGAGACAGAAAGAGGAGAGGACCAGGUUGCUAGGUGGUCCCGAAGCUUCGAGUCAUCAUUGCCUCAUUUACUUUGUAAAACAAUCUAGCCGGCAGUUCAAUGGGCCUAACUAUAUUAAACUUGGCACCGCGUAAUUAAACUUCCUUGUAAAUCGACGACGAGAGGCGACGAGGUUUACAUAGGCAGUGCAUGCUUUAGGACGAAAACUUCGAUAAUUAAUCGAUGGAUCCCGAUUACCGUGGGUAUAUACACAUAUAUACAUACAUAAAUGGACGCUUUCUAUGAAAGUCGUUACUAGAUCCUAGAAGAUUCAUUAAUUUUCUCAUGUUUUUGCUCUUCUUCUUAAUAAUAUUUAUUUAUUUUAUAUAUAUAUAUAUAUAUGUGUGUAUAUGUAUAUAUAUAUAUAUAUUUAUUUACAUUAUGAAAAAAUUAAUAUUAAUUUUGAGGGAUCAUUGAUAUUUUUCAUAAUUUAAUUAUCUUAUAUUAUAACGUUAGAAAUAUUUUUACACUUUUUGUUUGAUUCUCGUUGCAAGCUUCGUGGAGUAUUCGUAUAUGUAUAUAUAGAUCUAUUUUUAUUAUGGCAGAAUUGAUUUUAAUUUUUAUGGGAUGUUUAAUUUUUUUUAAUUAUACGAACGUCUUUUACAUUGUUAAUAUAUACUAGGAUAUAUUCAUUUAAUUUUGUUGUUUUGUUAGUCUCUCUUUAUUAGGAAUAUUUAUUUGUUUAUUUUUCAUAUUGUAUAUUGAUCUAUUUAUAUUGUGAAAAAUUGAUUUUUAUUUUAAAGGUUCAUUGAUAUUUCAUGAUUUAAUAAUUUUGUAGAAAUAAUUAUUUAGAUUUCUUUUUUUUUUCUUUUCUUUUCUUUUCUUUAAUUUUACUUUAUCGUGCAAGUUUUAUAGAGUCUUUUAUUGCGUUUACUUUUUCUUUCUUCUUCUUUUCUUAUUAAGAAAUUUUAUCAGAAAUUUAUAUUCACAGUAUUAAUAUAGAUAGUAUUAACGAAUUAAUAAGAUACAUAUUUAUUUAUUCGUAGUUUAGAUCUAUCUGUAUCACAUAGAAGUAUAAUUGGAAAAUUGACUAAUUAAAGAUUUUCAAUAUUUUCUUUUGAUAAUUUUCUAUCCUUGAAUAUAAAGAUUGUUUUUUUUUUCAUCAAAUCAAAUUGCAAAAAUGAAUCAAGUCAAAUUUCGCAAAUUGCUUAGUCGUCCUACAGUUUUGUUAGAAAUUUUAUUAGAAAUUCAUAUUCGCGUAAUAUUGACACGCAUAGUAAUCUAAUGAAGAUAACUAUGUAAAACUAUUAGUACGUUGAAUCAAAAAAAAAAAAAAGAAAAAAACAAGUACAAAAAAGAUUAAAAAAUUCAAAAAAAAAAAAAAAACUAAAAAAUAGAAAAAGAAACGUCGAAACAAAGGGAGAGAGUAGAGAAAAGUAAUGAAAAGGAGAAAAUCUGUGAAGAAAAAUCACGUCGGAUUAUUAGGGCAGAUUUUCACCGUCGGAUUCGACUCAUCUACGGUUGUCUCGUCGUCGUCGUCGUAGUCGUCGUCGCCCCUGUGUGCUAAGUUUUUACUUAUUUUCUUGCUAAUCCUAACAAAUGCCACGCUCAUCAAAGCUUUUUCCCUAAUGCGAGCCCGCAUGCGAGCGUUAAUCUUGACCGAACGUUACGCGGUUUUCCGCGUUCCUCGCGAAAAGGGAACGUUUGUUCGUUAAACGGAACACAUUAUUAACAAAGCUUGAUACUCUGGUGUCCUUUGCCAUGGCUAAUCUUGUUAAAUCGUCUCUUUCUCUCUCUCUCUCUCUCUCUGUCUCCCCCUCUUUCUGUCAUGCUCUCUUUCUUUCUCUCUCUUUUCACUUAUUCGUUUAUGUAAAGCAGAUGAGGAAAAAAAAAAGAAAAAAGAAAGAUACGAAAGUCGUACGUAUAAAGAUUCAAUUUAAUUCAACAAAAAUUUGCGAUAUAUUAUAGAAUAAAAGGAUUUCCAACGAGAUUUUACAACUUUGAACUUCGAUUUAAAUAUUUUUUUUAAAGAGAGAGAGAGAGAGAGAGAGAGAGAGAGAGAUUGAGAGAGAAAGAGAGAGCUUUUUGUUCAAUCGUACACCAGGCAGUCUCUUUCCUCACUUUUCUUUUUCUUACCCUUUCUAUUUCUCUCUCUAUCUAUCUCUCUCUUUCUCUCUCGGCUCGAAUUUUGUUUGUAACGAAGAAAACAGAAAGUCCUGUCUCGACGAGGACGAGGCCGAGGACGAAGACGAGAAGUAGGAGGGAAAAGGAGAGGUAGAGAAAGACGUAGGUGAAAAAAAAAAGGGUGGAACACGAGGAAGGAGGCGUCAGAAGAGGGAAGGCCAAAGAAGUGUUGACCAUGGCUCGUGCGCAUGUAAAAAUAUAUUUUGUUUAUUUCUUCCUUUUUUUCUUUUUUCUUUUUACGUAUAAUUAUCGACAAAAAAAUUAUCAAUUCCAUCUAAAGAUUUUCUUCGAUCUGAUAUUUUCUUUUCUUAUUUUAUACAUAUAUUUUUAUAUGUACAUGUAUAUAUAUAUAUAUAUAUAUAUAUAUAUAUAUAUAUACAAUAGUCUUACUUUUCUUUAAUGUAAACGAACAAGUCGAUCGUUGAGUUUUCUUCUUCGUUUUGGACCACGCAAGGAAGACAAAACUAUCUCAGGGGGGUGCAGACAAUGGGGGAAAACUGGCUAGUCAAACGCAAAGCUGAGAUGACAAAUGAAAGGAGAUAUUCUCGUUGGUAGAUAGAAGGAGAGAAAGAGAGAGAGAAAGAGAGAGAGAGAGAGAGAGAAAAGAGGGAAGGGAAAGAGAAAUACCGUUUCAUUAGUAGACUAGAUACAUCGCGGACUUGUCUGCUUCAGCUCCCUUACUUUCCUCUUCCUCUUCUUCUUCUCUUUCCCUCCCUCUCUCUCUCUCUCUCUCUCUCUCUCUCUCUCUCUCUCUCUUUCUCUCUCUUUCUCUCUCUUCUUCACGAAGAGAACAUCGGCGAAGCGAAGAGAUCCGAUCGACGGAAAAGCGUAACCCGAAUUAAAUAAAGGCGGGAGUAAUAAUAAAGAGGGAAGCGUAGGGUGGGUGUGGAGAGGUUGCGGGCGGUAAAGAGAAAAAAAAAGGGAAAAGAAAAAAAAAUUUCGUAACAAACGCAGCGCAAGUCUUAGAGCAAGUAAUGUUGUCCUUCUAUGGAAGAACGAGGAGGGGUUGACUCGCUCGAGCACGAGUGGAAACGUGUUAAUUAACGGCAAUUAAAACGCGGUUAUGUUUGGAUUCUGCUCGCUUCCUGGGUUUCUCUAUAGAAAGACCACGAAGAUAUUCCUUGCGUAUCGUUCUUCUUUGCUUUUGCAUUAUUUUUCAACGAAUACUUAAGUAUGUACGUAUUUAUGUACAUAUGUAUUUACAUACGUAUUUAUCUACGUAUGUAUGUACGUUUGUAUAUAGUUCCUUCCCUUACCUUCGUACAAUCCCUUUUAACAAUUCCUUCGUUUCCUUCGUAUUUAAUGUUUACGUUUCCACCUUGGUUGGCAUCGGCCGUUCAAAUCUAACCGCGGUGUAUCGCACGAAGAGUCUCCAUAAUUAAUUUUUAUUUCCAUCGGUGCUCGUUAAUCGACUUUCGAGCGAGUUAACGAGUAACGUAUUACGUUCCUUGCGUGACUUUAAUUAGUUUGAUAUUCAGGCGUUAACAUCGUCUUGUGGGAGCACAAAGUGAUAGAUCUUCGUGUCACGACAGAGAGAGAGAGAGAAAGAGAGAGAGGGAAUGAAGGAUACGGUAUUAAUUUGAUCGAUUAGAUUGGCUUAAGCAAUGACACGUUCAACCGUAUGUUAAUAGUGAUAACAUUAUUUUUUUAUUUUUCAUUAUUAUUAUUAUUAUUAUUCUAAUUACAAAAACAUCUUUAUUUUGCUAGACAACGUAAAUGUUUGAUUGCUUUGCAAUCUCGUUUUUUCCUUCAUGUUUUAUUCUAUAUAAAAUUAAAGUGGAUUUUAUUGUUAACAUUCGAUGAAAGCCACGAUGUUAUAUAAAUUAACAGAAAUAUCGAUUAGAUUAAUACAUUGGCAAUAUAUUGAAAUGUCCAACAUUAAUAAUCGAUCUUAAUAAAUCGCACAAUAGUUUUUAAUAAUUUUUAGUAAAAAUUCUGACAUUAUCUAUUCGAUCAAUCCAAUAUCAUAGAAAAUUAUUCAUUGAAUUUUCAUCUAUCAACAUAUGUAUAUUUUACAUACCACUGAUUUAAACUGUAUACUCUCUGUUUACGAUAUCAAAAAAAAAAAAAAGAAAAAACAAAAAGAAAGAAGAAAAAACGAAGAAAAAAAAUAAAAAAGCAAAAGAAGGAAAAAAGAGAAAACAAAGAUACAUAAAAAUAAACGAAGAUAUAAUCGAAACCAAAAAAGGAAGAACCAGAAACG